AUGUCGAAAGGAAGAUUUGAAAAUCGAAGUACAACUUCCAGAAGAAAUAGCAUUAAACAAAGAAAUAAGGAUAGCGAAGAUGAUUUAAUGCCCCAUAUCUUGGAAAGCAGCAGAGCUAGCGAAAUGGAUCAACGGUUAAAGCCUUAUAGCUCUUCUGGUGAAAAUACUCCGGAAAAAGAAAAAACACUCGACAAUGUUCCCGAAAAAGUUUUUACAUUUCGAAAUGCAUCCGCUUCUCGUUCUAAACCGCAACCCAAAUUUAAAGAUGACCCCCAGGAAGAUCCAAAAACAAAGUCGCAAAAUUCAAAAGAUAAUUCGUCGCCACUUUUGACUAAAAACAGGUUGGAACCUGAAUCAAAAAUUCUUAACGAAGUGACAUCUGUGAAACGAGAUUUACCACAACUACCAGAUUCAAUUCAUAAACCAAAUUCAAAUGACAGGAGUUCGUUUAAAGGGUCCCCCAAUAGUGAUCACAAUAGUGAUUUAAAUAAUUCCCCCGAAAUUUCUUCUAGGAAUAAAUCUCCCAAGAAAUCUUCCAAAGCUAUAUCAGAAACAGAUUCUAAAACUAUUGAUGAACAGACAGAUUUUACAAACGAAAACUCUUCGGUAUUAAUAGAAGAACAAAAACGUAGUUCCUAUUUUGAUGAUAACACGGAUUCACCUUCAGCUUCUUCUGUUCGCGAAUUUAAAUUUCUUUCUGCAGCUUCUGGAAAAUCUUCCACUACCCCAACCCACAACUGUGACACACCACCAGCGUAUAAUAAUAACUCUUCAGGUGCAUCGACUCCUAUUAAUAAAUGCCCAUGGGUAUUUUAUGGAUGCAGCAAUGUUACAUCUGAAUACCGCAUGCUUGAUAAGCUUGGAGAAGGAACGUUUGGUGAAGUUCACAAAGGUGAAAAACAAAGUAACGGAUUAAAGGUUGCUUUAAAACGUAUAUUUUUGCAUAACGAAAAGGAAGGUUUCCCUAUCACAGCUCUCCGUGAAAUACGAAUUUUAAAAAAUUUGGAUCAUCCUAAUAUUAUUCCAAUACUUGACAUGGCAGUCCAGCAUGGUGACCGAACUAGAAAACAGCGUGGUUCGGUUUAUAUGGUUACACCAUAUAUGGAUCAUGAUCUUGCUGGUUUACUUGGAAACCCCAGUGUUAAUUUGGAACUCCCACACAUUAAGUGUUACAUGAAACAGCUACUGGAGGGUAUGAAAUACCUUCAUGACCAGCAAUACUUACAUCGUGAUAUUAAAAGUGCAAAUAUUUUGAUUGAUAAUUGGGGAAAUUUACGAAUUGCUGAUUUUGGUUUAGCGCGCAGUUACGUUGAACCUCAUCCUGUUAAGGGAAGUGGUGCAGGGAAGGGUACAAGGGUAUACACCAGCAUGGUUGUAACUAGAUGGUAUCGUGCACCUGAGCUUGUUCUUGGUGAAUCAAAGUAUACCACAUCUGUUGACAUGUGGGGAGUAGGAUGUGUUUUCAGCGAAAUGUUUUCACGCCGUCCCAUCUUGCCUGGAACAUCAGAUUCUGAUCAAGCUCAUUGUAUCUUCAAACUUCUUGGAACACCAACUCAAGAAACAAUGCCUGGUUUUGAUAAGCUUCCUGGUGGUCAGAUCAAUUUCACUUACAGACGUACACUUGAACAAAAAUUUAGUGAUUUGGAUGUACCAACAAUUUCUUUACUUUCGAAUUUAUUGAAACUGGACCCUUUGAAGCGAAUCACAGCAGUUGACGCAUUGGACCAUGUGUUUUUCCGAUCUGAUCCAAAGCCGUGUCGUCCACAAGAUCUUCCAAAGUACAAUGAUUCACACGAGAUGGAUGCUAGAAAGUCAGCAAGCGAAAAGAAAAACAGGCCAGAACAACGACCUCCUGUACCCCAUCCACAACAUCCUGAGCAGCCUGCAAACUUUUCACCUCCAAGCAAUUCAUAUCACUACAAUGAAUAUCCACCACAUCAACCUCAAAAUAACCAUACUAAUCGACUUCCACCAUACAGAAAUCAAGAACCUUAUUACGAUAGCGAUAAUUCUCCAAGACCAUUACCUCCUUACAAGCAAACUCAAAAUCAAGAUAAACGCAACACUAGGAAUCCGCGGAUACCUCCAUACAAACAGCAUGCACCACUACCAUAUGAUGGACCAGGUAAACCAUCCAGGUUGGUGCCACCUUAUAGACAACAAGUUCAAGAAUCUCCAUAUGAAAGUUCAAAUGGAUAUCAACGAUCUCAGCCACCAUAUAAACAGCAUCAGCAUCAGCAUCAGCAUCAGCAUCAAAAACAACCACAUGCACCUUAUAGACAGCAACCACCAUUACCGCCAACAGCCUCAUACGACAGACCCCUGCCUCCAUACAGAAAGUCUCAGCAACUAGAAUACGCCGAUUCUGAUCGUGGAGGACGAAAGUCUCGAUCACAUCCUCAGGAAAAGUCUCCUCUUUAUGGAAAUCAAGGCCCAAACUUAACUCCUAGAAAGCGAAGACCAAGUCUUGAAAACACUAGUUUCAGUGGUGAUGAAACGGUUAGUUCAGCUCCACAUCUACCGCCAAAACCUCAUGUUGAAGUUCCCAAGCCCCAAAAACGAAACAGACCAAGUUUAAGUGGGGAUGAAAAAAAUAACCACCAAGAUGUAAAAAAUUCGGAAGAAUCAUCAAGGGAGGAGUUGCAUCCUAAUGUACAGAAACCAAACGACACUGAAAACGGCGAAAAUGGUAAUUGA